UCACAUUAAUGACCCUGCCAAUUGGUGGACCAUGCUACCCUGCUCGUUACUAUCAGUACUAUCUAUCUAUCUAUCUCCCAACUUCAGUGGCUUCCUGUCCCCUUUCGGGGUGCACAGAAAGAAUCGUUUGUGUCAUCACUUACUCAACGACAACGACAAAAACGGGGAGUAUACCCAGGUAGUAUCUACCGAUAUCCAGCGCCAGACCCAGAGGAGAACAGAACGAAACCAUCACCUUAUCGUCCAUUCGUUUCACAGUCUCUCUUACACAGCCAACCCGGAUUCGUGGUUAUCUGCUCGGCUGAUGAUCCCCGUAACUAAUCACUGAUAAGCCCAUCCAAGGUUCACCCCAACCUUCUCUUGCUUCAGCCCAAGUCCGGUUUACCUACCGAGUCUCCAGGCUGGGGAUCCGCAAGUUGUAUCGUGUCCGCUUCGUGUCCCAUGGGUGACCACACCACUGCCACUCGCCAGAAACUCUAUGGAGGGGCGGCAGUGCCAGGUGACUUGUGAGAGAGUAUCCGAUAGCGGGCCAGACAGGCAACGAUCAUAACUUGCCGGAACCGAAGAGGAUCCGAGAGAGUAAUGGGGAGGAAGAUCAGUCAGUCUGCCAGCCACCAACUCAUUACAAAGAACUACUCCGUACUCGCACUAAAGUUGUCAUUGUUGUUGUUGUUGUUGAUGAUGAUAGCAUGGAAUGAGAUAGGUGGUGUGGUCCCAGCC